AUGGCGCUGGGCCGAAUCGAGAGAAUGAUUCUCGUUCUCCUUGGCAAGGUCUUUGCCCGUCUGCAGGAAAGAGCAACCGUGGCAGGAUUGUUCGUGGAUGAUGCUGAGCUGACCUUUGAACCCAACUCAACCGCUCUAUAUUCUGGGGAGCACGUUAAUCUCACGUGUCACAUGAGAGAAGCAAAUGUCAGUGAGUGGUUUUAUGAGUUCAAGUGGAACGACAAACCACUGGUUCCCAUCUCCUCCACUAACGUGCUCAGGAUUCCAGAGCUAACGCCCGACAGGAACGGGGAUUAUCAGUGCAUCGCUCACCACAACAGCUCAGAGGAGAACAAACGGAGCAACAGGGCCACUCUCUCUGUGUCAGCACACAGACCCAGAGCCACAGUGAGAGCCUCCAGGACGUCCAUCCCAGUGGGCGGCUCUCUGACUCUGACCUGCUCUGUGGAGGAGUCUGCGGGUUGGAGCUACGACUGGUUCACACGUUCCCCAGACGCUGAGGAAACCGCCAUCGCAACAAAUCCUGUGCAGAACUCUCUGAGCAUCUCACAGGGAGGCAGCUACUGGUGCAGGGGAAGAAGGACUCACUCAGAUUUCUUCUCAGAGAAGAGUCACGUGCAUCACAUCGACAGAACCUUGUCCAACAGAAGCUUUGUCGUGCUGCAACACAAGUGGAGUCAGAUUUUCAGCGGUGAGACGAUCUCUGUCAGGUGUGAGAUCCAGGGAGGAGGAGACACCCAGUGGGAAUAUGAAUGGAGGACAACAAGCUCCCACCAACCAGUCACUGGUCCAGACACAGCUCCCCCACACAGUGAAUACAGGCUGGGCACUGCCUCUGUUUUCCACAGUGCAGAGUACUGGUGUAAGGCCAGAGCGGACUGGUAUUCCUCAACAGAGUGGAGUGAGGCCAUCCAGCUGAGAGUAACACCCGAUAAACCCAGGCCCAGGCUGACUGCCGAUAGCACAACCAUCACAGGAAAGGGAAGCGUAGCACUGAGCUGCUCUGUGGAGAACCCGUCUGAGUGGAGAUACGACUGGUUCAGAAGAACCUCAGCCUCCUCUGCAGCUCAGAUCCUAAGAUAUAACGAAACAGAUGAUGAAAUCAGCAUCUCAGAGGAAGGCAUCUACAGCUGCAGAGGACGGAGAGGAGACACAACCUUCCUCACAGAGGACAGCAACCUGGUCACAAUAGAGAACAGAGAAAGACCAGCGGCGAACCUGAGUGCUGACCACCGAGCCUUUCCAGUAGGGGGCAGUGUGCUCCUGACCUGCUCCGUGGGCCCAGCAUCACCUGGCUGGAAGUAUUAUUGGUACAGAGGUGAGAAAACCUCCGAGCCCCUGACGGAUGAGGAUUUCAAGUCAAAUGGACAAAGUGCUAGUGCCUCACGUGAAGGACUGUACUGGUGCAGAGGAGGAAGAGGAGAUCCAGUUCACUACACCCGGUUCAGUAACUCAGUCAGGAUUCAUGGAAUCGUCCACAACAGAGCUGCUGCGACUCUUCAACCCAACUGGCCGAACAGAUACAGAGGAGAAGCCGUCACCCUGAGGUGUGAGAUCCAGGGAGGAGACUCUGAGUGGGAGUAUGAAUGGACAGCAACCAGCUCACAUGCACCUCCCAACACAAAGGAGUUCAGGAUCAGUCUGGGGUCAGAUCUGAGCGGCAGCUACUGGUGUCAGGGCCGACUGAAAGGUGCACGGCAGAACUCCACAGGAUGGAGUGUUCCCCUCACAUUGUCUAACGCGGCUGCACCACCACCUGUCGUCACUGUGUCUCCGUCAUGGCUGACUCCUGGAGCCUCCGUGACUCUCACCUGUGGGGGGGGUCCACGUCCGACUGCAGGGUGGAGGUUCUACUGGUACAGAGCUCACCCCAAUAGUUUGGAUCCAGUCCGCAGAUGUUCAUAUCGAUACUGGAUAGCUGAAAUGCAAAUUCCUGACAAGUUCAGUUAUGAGCUGCUCCCAGGAAGCGACGGAGGAACUGAACAAAACUCCUUCGUCAUCCGAGGCCUGACGGAGUCAGCAGGUUAUGCAUGUCGAGCUGGAAGAGGAGACCCCGUGUUUUACACUGAGUACAGUGAGACAAAGUGGGUGUGGUCUGUAGAUUCCUAUUCGUCAGUGUCUCUCACAGUGAGUUCGGACUAUGUGCAGCACUACUAUCGUGACAAGACCCUUCUGACCUGCGAGGGAAACUCUGAUAAAGUGAGAUUGUGGAGGUUUACUGGAGACACAGUACUAUUGUUCGAGUGCGAGUCUCAGGAG